GGAUCUUCAAGCUCUUGUCAGUCUUUACUUAACUGACUGUCCGCUUGAAAGAAGUUCAUUCAGUACCUUGGUGAUCGACAACAGAACAAGAUACUACAGAACAAAGAAAUCACUUGAAUUCGUAGCAGUAUAAAAUGAGGUUCUUCGUGGUCGUGUUUCUCGUGUCCUUAGCUGUGUUCGUUUCUCCCGCCAUCAAGCCGGCGUGUGGACAGAAAAACAAGCCAGCCGGACAGCCCGGAACAGAUUUUUCAUGUCUGGCGUGUCGUCCUGGUAUCCCUGGUCUCCACGGUACACCCGGUGCUCCUGGACGAGACGGACGAGAUGGCAGAACAGGUACUCAAGGUAAACAAGGUCCUCGAGGGUUUGACGGGACUCCAGGCAAGCAAGGACCUCCCGGAGCUGCUGGUACACCCGGUAAAACUGGUCCUCAGGGUCCAAAGGGUGACGCUGGUUCAAAAGGAGAAAAGGGGGAGUCUGGGGCGAGUGGACUCUCAGCCUAUUCGAACUGGAAAGAAUGUUCGUGGACCAACAUUGACGAAGGAAAAGAUAGUGGUCUGAUCAGGGAUUGUGUUUUUCACAAGAACUACAGCGACUCUUUCCUUCGUGUUUUCUGGAACGGGAACUUAAGGGUUUAUAACUGCAACUUUUGUUGUAAGCGCUGGUUCUUCACGUUCAACGGUGCUGAAUGUCAAGUCCCACGUGCUAUCGACGGCAUCGUGUACUUGAGAAAAGGAAAAGUGAUGGAAAACUUGUUUCAACAAGACAUCAUUGAGCAAGGAUACACACUUCACUACAAGACAUCUUACUCUACCGAAAUGAGGUUCGUCGUGGUCGUGUUACUCGUGUUCUUGGCUGUAAUCGUUUCUCCCGCCAUCAAGCAGGCGUGUGGACAGAAAAACAAGCCAGCCAGACAGCCCAGAUCAGAUUUUUCAUGUCUGGCGGGUCGUCCUGGUAUCCCUGGUCUCCACGGUACACCCGGUGCUCCUGGACGAGACGGACGAGAUGGCAGACCAGGUACUCAAGGUAAACAAGGUCCUCGAGGGUUUCACGGGACUCCAGGCAAGCAAGGACCUCCCGGAGCUGCUGGUACACCCGGUAACACUGGUCCUCAGGGUCCAAAGGGUGACUCUGGCCCAAAAGGAGAAAAGGGUGAGCCUAGGGAGAAAGAACUCUCAGCCUAUUCAAACUGGAAAGAAUGUUCGUGGACCAAAAUCAACGACGGAAAAGACAAUGGGCUGAUCAGGGAUUGUGUUUUCCAAAAGAAAUACACUGAUUCGAUCCUCCAUGUUUACUGGAAUGGCAACCUAAGAAUAAGUAAUUGUAACAACUGUUGUAAGCGCUGGUUCUUCACGUUCAACGGCACUGAAUGCAAGACCCCCCGUGCUAUAGACGGUAUCGUUUACAUGGCAAAGGGAGUCGGUCACAACAUCCACCGUGUCCGCCAUAUUGAAGGUCACUGUGACAAGAUCCACAAGGGACCUGUUCGUGUGGGAUUCAAUGUCGGGAACUGUGCCGGGUAUGGAAAUGUGGAUGCCUAUACCGGAUGGAAUUCAAACAGUCGUGUGUUCGUAGAGGAGGUACCCAGACCCCAGCCGUAGAACUAUCCAUUUCCGACAAGACAUAAGCCAGACUGAUUGAAUACGAAGUCUAGUAAAGCUCUCUAACAAUUACUUUGAGAUGUUGUUUAAUCCAUGCUGUGUUAGUUAAAUAAAAUGAAAUAGAAUAAACCUCCAAAAAUAAAUGUUACCAUUAUCGUCUA